AUGGACAUUGAUCAAGAAGACAAAUAUCGGAAUGACUACUGGAGGCAGACUGACGAAUACUCUUCUCAAGUUUACAUUAAACAAGAGCCACAGGACCAAGCUCAAGAAAUGCCUGAAGGUGAUUCUGCAAAUCGGGUCUCAGAGCUGGCUACAAAUUUUUUAUCAAGAAUUGAACCGGAGGUCUUUGUAAAAUCAGAAGGAACUCCUGAAACAGUCGGUGAUACAAAGGCCAAUCGUUCACAUGACGACCAUAUUUCCUAUCAUCGCGAUCGGUCUCGUGAUGAUCGAAAUCGAUCCAAAGAAGAUGAUGAACGACGGGAAAGAAAACGCGAUAGAGACAAGGAUAGAGAUAGGGAUAGAGAUCGAGACAGAGAAAGAGACAAGGAUAAAGACAGAGACAGAGAAAGAGAUAGAGACAGGGAUAGAGAGAAAGAUCGGGAAAGAGAAAGAGAACGUGAUAGAGAGAAAGAACGUGGUGGUGAUAGAGAAAGAGAUCGUGAUAGAGAUAGAGAUCGCGAUAGUGAAAGCGUCCGACGGCGAAGAGAACGAGAUCGUGAACGCGAACGUGAUCGUAGUCGAGAAAGGCUUCGACGUGAACGUGAAGAAAGAGAGGAGAGAGAAUUAAGAAGAACCAGACGUUCAAGAAGGCGAAGUCGAAGCUUUAGUUCUAGGCGUCGUAGCCACAGUCCGAGACAUCGUUCGCGUUCUCGAUCGAUAACUCCUAUCGUUAGAAGGAGGAGAAAGUUGAACAAUUGGGAUGUUCCACCUCCAGGUCAUUUCCCGCUUCCUGGACAACCUGCUAGCACAAGACCAGCGGCAGUACCCACUUCUCCAGUAAUACCGGGAAUGGACCCUUCACGUGCUGCUAUGAUGAUGGGAAUGACUCAUGAACUUCCCCCUCGUCCCAAAGUUAGUCAAGGAGCAGCAGGUCCAGUUGCACAGACUGCUUCACUUGCAAGGCAAGCGAGACGUCUUUAUGUUGGAAAUAUUCCAUAUGGUAUUGAUGAGAAUGGUCUAUCAGAUUUCUUUAAUUCUACUAUGGUUCAAUUAAGUAUCACUACUGCUCCAGGUAAUCCUGUAAUCGCUGUUCAAAUAAAUCAUGAUAAAAACUAUGCAUUUGUCGAAGUAUCUCCUGAAGAAGCAACAGCUGCGAUGGCUUUUGAUGGAAUUACAUUUCAAGGACAAUCAUUAAAAAUAAGACGCCCAAAAGAUUAUCAACCACCACCGGGACAAAAUCUUGAGCCACCACCAAUUCAUGUCCCUGGUGUAGUUUCUACUAAUGUUCCUGAUAGUCCCAAUAAAAUUUUUAUUGGAGGAUUACCUACUUAUUUAAAUGAUGAACAAGUUAUGGAGCUAUUAAAAUCCUUUGGUGAACUUCGAGCGUUCAAUUUAGUUAAAGAUAGUUUAACGGGUGUAUCUAAGGGUUUUGCAUUUUGUGAAUAUGUUGAUCCUACCGUUACUGAUUUGGCAUGUCAAGGUUUAAAUAAUAUGGAACUUGGUGAUCGUAAACUUGUAGUGCAACGUGCAAGUGUAGGCUCCGCCAAAAAUGCAGGAGUUACGACCGUUUUACCCACGUCGGUGCUAAUGCCUACUGGUAACGGCGAAAUGCAACCAACCACAGUUCUUCAAUUACUUAAUAUGGUCACACCUGAAGAAUUAGUAGAGGAUGAUGAAUUCGAAGACAUAUUUGAUGACGUUCGAGAGGAAUGUUCCAAAUUUGGAAAUGUAGUGGAUAUGAAAAUACCACGACCGGGUCAUGGUGGAUCUGCAAGUGGUGUUGGAAAGAUUUUCGUGCGUUAUGAAUCGAUAGACCAAGCGGGCAUCGCACUUCGUGCAUUGGCUGGUAGGAAAUUUGCUGAACGUACUGUUUUAACAUCAUAUAUUUACGAAGACACUUAUUUCGCUGAAGACUUUUAA